UCAACUGUCAACUAGCCUUCUUUUCCAACCAACCCUUCUGCCGAUGGUGUGGUCCCAGUUCUCUUCGAUUAAUAACUAAAUUUCUAAAUUUUUGUUAUUAAAAAUGGUAACAAGAGUUAUAACCAACAAUGUAUUCCUCAAAUACAAUUCAUUUCGAAUCAAUGCCAUCAGUGGUCUACAAAAAACAUACUGUUCACAUGCAAAAUACGCUGAACACAAACCACUCGAAAAAAUACGCAACAUUGGAAUAUCCGCUCAUAUUGACAGUGGCAAGACCACAUUAACCGAGCGAAUCCUCUUUUACACUGGUCGCAUUGCUCACAUGCACGAAGUUAGAGGCAAAGACAAUGUUGGAGCUACAAUGGAUUCCAUGGAAUUGGAAAGACAGCGAGGUAUCACAAUUCAAUCGGCAGCCACAUAUACAAUGUGGAAAGACAAUAACAUCAAUAUAAUUGAUACUCCUGGUCAUGUCGAUUUCACAGUCGAAGUUGAAAGAGCUCUUCGAGUUCUCGAUGGAGCUGUACUCGUUCUCUGCGCUGUUGGCGGAGUUCAGAGUCAGACUCUGACUGUCAAUCGUCAAAUGAAACGUUAUAACGUUCCUUGUUUAGCUUUUAUUAAUAAACUCGAUCGAUUAGGCUCAAACCCGUAUCGAGUUUUGUCUCAAAUGCGUUCGAAAAUGAAUCAUAACGCUGCUUUUAUUCAGCUUCCAAUUGGUUUGGAAUCAAAUUGCCAAGGAAUCAUUGAUUUAGUCGGUGAGAAGGCAAUUUAUUUCGAAGGUCCAACUGGAACUGAGUUGCGUUAUGAUGAGAUUCCUAAAGAUAUGGCGACUGAAGCCAACGAACGUCGACAAGAGUUGAUUGAACACUUGUCGAAUGUCGAUGACAAACUCGGGGAGUUGUUUCUCGAAGAGAAAACUCCAACUGAAGAUGAUAUUAAAGGUGCUUUGCGUCGGUCUUGUAUCAAGCGAACCUUUACUCCAGUUUUAGUUGGAACAGCUUUAAAAAACAAAGGUGUUCAACCUUUGUUAGAUGCAGUUAUUGAUUUCUUGCCUAAUCCAGGUGAGGUUGAGAAUCUUGCAUUGGUUGAAAAAGAAGGUGAAGAACCUGGCAAGAUUAUACUUAGUCCAGCGAGGGAUGGAAAAAGUCCAUUUGUUGGUUUGGCAUUCAAAUUGGAAGCAGGUCGAUUCGGCCAGUUGACCUACUUGAGAUGUUAUCAAGGAGUUUUAAAAAAAGGAGAUAGUAUCUUCAAUACUCGUACUAAACGUAAAGUGCGAAUUGCACGACUUGUACGAUUGCAUUCAAAUCAAAUGGAAGAUGUUAAUGAAGUUUAUGCUGGUGAUAUAUUUGCAUUGUUUGGUGUAGAUUGUGCUAGUGGUGAUACUUUUGUAACGGAUAUUAAAUUGAAUAUAUCAAUGGAAUCGAUGUUUGUACCGGAACCUGUUGUUUCGAUGGCUAUUAAACCAAAUAAUCCUAAAGAUAGAGAUAAUUUUGCUAAAGCUGUUGCAAGAUUUACGAAAGAAGAUCCUACUUUUACGUUUGCUUAUGAUCCGGAUGUUAAGGAGACACUGGUUUCGGGAAUGGGUGAACUUCACUUGGAGAUCUAUGCCCAACGAAUGGAACGAGAAUAUGGUUGUCCGGUAACUCUAGGCAAACCGAAAGUAGCAUUCCGUGAAACAUUAGUUGGUCCAUGUGAAUUUGAUUAUCUGCAUAAAAAACAAUCUGGAGGAUCAGGACAAUAUGCCCGCGUUAUUGGUAUCAUGGAACCACUUCCACCAGCAAAGAAUACACAAUUAGAAUUUGCUGACGAAACAGUUGGUACCAAUGUACCCAAGCAAUUUAUUCCUGGUGUGGAAAAGGGUUUCCGAGAAAUGUCUGAGAAGGGCAUGUUGAGUGGUCACAAGUUGGCAGGUAUUAAAUUUAGACUAACAGACGGUGGACAUCAUAUUGUUGAUUCAAGUGAAUUGGCAUUCAUGUUGGCUGCUCAUGGAGCCGUUAAAGAAGUGUUUGCAUCGGGUGCUUGGCAAAUUCUCGAACCAAUUAUGUUAGUUGAAGUUGCUGCCCCAGAAGAAUUCCAAGGAGCUGUUAUGGGACAAUUGAGCAAGAGACAUGGUAUUAUCACUGGUACAGACGGUGCUGAGGGUUGGUUUACUGUUUAUGCUGAGGUACCAUUAAAUGAUAUGUUUGGCUAUGCUGGUGAACUAAGAUCAAGUACACAAGGCAAAGGUGAAUUUACAAUGGAAUACAGCAGAUAUUCGCCUUGUCUACCCGAUGUUCAAGAACAACUUAUAAGACAGUAUCAGGACUCACAAGGCUUAAACGUUGAUAAGAAGAAAAAGAAAAACUAAAUAAAUAGCUAGAUAAAAAAAAAAUAUUUAUAAGAUUUUAAAAUAGUAUAAUAUUUGUUUGUUUUUUUUUUUUUCUUUUUUAAAACUGUGAUAACGAAUGUUUUACCAACGGAUGCCGAAUAAAUUUAUAACAAGUUGUUUUCA